UUUAGAACGCCAUUAGAAUAAAGUUUCACAUUCAGUCGAUCUGUGAGUUUAAUCUGUAAACAUCUGUUUCAUCAAAAAGUUUCAGCGAAAUUAAAAUAAUGGCAAAUGGAAUGCCGGAGUUGGGCUCCAAGAUAAGCCUCAUAUCGAAAGCAGAUAUCAGAUAUGAGGGUCGCCUUUUCACUGUUGAUCCUCAUGAAUGUACAAUUGCAUUAGCAACCGUACGUUCAUUUGGAACCGAAGAUCGAGAUACCCCGUUUCCAGUUGCACCGCAAACGCAAAUAUAUGAUUAUAUUUUGUUCCGCGGAUCUGAUAUCAAGGACAUAAGAGUUGUCAACAAUGUCAAUAAUCCUGUGCCCAAUGACCCUGCAAUUAUGCAGUUAUCGGUGCCUCCAAGCCUUGGCCAACCUACUUAUCAACAACCCGGAUAUACCCAUCCAGUUCUUGGAGCUGCUAUGGGGCAAUUUGGAGGUGCUUAUGGAAUGGGAGGUUUGCCACAAAGUAUGCCGACUGGAAUGGCAAAUAGACCAGUGGUCAAACAAUCAAGUGAGUUGUCGCGGGAGGAUGGGCAGCCUAUUCACACAGACCAAGGCGUGAGAAACUCCCCUCACGAUUCGGUUUUAGAAUUACUAAGCGGAGGUGGUGGCUCUCGCAGCGGAACACCAGUCAGCAUGGGAGCUCGCAAAUCGCCAACUUCAGAUCAAGGGGUGCAGGUCACUCCUGGCUUAGGUGCUCCUGGUGCUAAGAGAGGAGGCGGUAAUGCAGCGCAACGCCAAAAUCAAAAUCGAAAUAGAGAACGCAAGGAAUCAAAAAGUGAACGUUCAGAGAGUCGAGCUUCAAAUGAGCAACAAGGCAAAGGAAAUAAGACGACUAAUGCUGUGAUACAACCCCAAGCAUCAAAUCAGGCACAAAAUCAGCAAAAUGUUCAAUCUCAUGGGCAAAGUCAACGAGGACAAAAUCAGCGAAACAGCCGACAACGGGGUCGUGGCCGAGGUGGCGCACAAAGUAAUUAUAGGCAACAAAAUACUAGUACAACUGGACCAAGGCCUAAAAAUACAUUGAAGUUUGAUAACGAUUAUGAUUUUGAAGAGGCUAAUACUCACUUUGAAGAAUUACGAUCACAGUUUGUUAAGCUAAAAGUUGAAGAUAAAGCUCCUGUUGCAGUAAAUGGCGAUGUAGAUAAAAAAGAUGAUUCUGGAAAUGAAACAGGUGCAGGAGAAAAUGAACACGAAGAAGAUAAUUCCACCUUGCCUGUAACAGAAGUAUGUUACGAUAAGACCAAAUCAUUCUUUGAUAAUAUAUCUUGUGAAGCUGUUGAAAGGUCUCUUGGACGAUCUCAAAGAACAGAUUGGAGAACUGAACGAAAGCUGAAUUCUGAGACCUUUGGCGUAGCAAGUGCUAGACGUGGAGGAUAUCGUGGCAGGGGUGGUUAUUAUCGUGGAAAUAUGUAUCGCGGUGGCUACCGUGGAUAUAGAGGCCGAGGCAGUAAUAGAGGUGGCGCUCAGUUCAAUCAACAGCCUAUAUCCAGCAAUGGCCCUCAGAACCCAAAUCAGAGUAAUAGGGGAGCGCCGAUUGCAGCGGCUGCAGGUAACUGAGGUUAUCCUAAAGAUCCGUACACCAGAUUUUAUACAAAAACCCUGUUGUGAAAGUGUGUGAAAAUUACUUUUUGAACUAAAGUAUGCAAGACUAUUGAGGUACUUUCGUCGAGUACGAAAAAAUACUAACAAUUUUUUUUACAAUAAUGUGGUUUUGUGGUCCCGGGAAUGAAGAUGGAUAUAUGGGUAUAAAUUGUAGCAUAUUGAACUCUUAAUUAUAAAAUGAAAACUUUCUGUAUUUAUGUACAAUUAGUAUUUAAAAUUUAAGUUUAGUUUAUAGUAUAAAAUACUGGUGUUUUAGAAUGGUUCUAAAUAUAUCUAACAAAAAACUAUAUGUAUAUAUAUCAAGAUCUAUACUCAGUCAUGGAUUGGUAUAAUUUGAACGCUUUUAAUUUGCUUUUACUAAAAUAGCUCUCAAAAUAUUAUUGGAAAGUUGUGUUAUGUAUCCAGUUAAUGGAAGGAUUUUGCUUGACUGAGUGAUUUUGAUAUUAAAACUCUUGACUGUAAAUUGUAAAGAAUGUUUUGUUGAAACUAGGGUAAGCCAAAUGGUAUUUUUGUUUUGGAAAAUACCUAGAGAAUUCUUAAAAUAUUUAGUUUAUUAUAUUACAUUAUAAAAGUGAAUGAUUAUUAGAGUGCAUUAA